GGAAAGCGCGUUUUUUCUAUAUUCGCCAAAUAUGUACACACUUUGAUGGAAAAAGAGAGAAAAAAUUAGGGCCACAAAGAGGUUGCAAACAUAUUUGAUAAAUUCGAAUUAAAUCGACUGCUCGGCGACGGGGCCAUUAAGAUAAAACUCGCCACGCACUGUGCCGAUUCCUUUUGGUAAUAUUCGCCACAUCAAUUGACUACGGGCGACGUUAGGGAAAGCAGGACAAAUGGCGGAAAACGGAAUGCGUGUCGGCCCAGGGUCAUCGGCGGCGGCUGCCAAUGCGAAUGCUGGCGCCAGCAACGGGGAGCACGAGAAUGAACACAAUGCUGCGGACAACGAGAAGGUGCAGCCGGCGCGUCUAAACGAAUCGGCCCAGAAAUAUAUGCAGGAACUGAUGAGCGAGCGAUCGCGCAUGGAGAGCCAAUUUCCAUUGGCAUUAAAACUAAUUGACGAAGCUUUGGAGAGGGUGCAGCUAAACGGGCGCAUCCCGACGAGAGACCAGUACGCCGAUGUGUACCAGCAGCGGACGAUUAAAUUGUCGCAGAAGGUGCACGUGCCGAUUAAGGAUAAGAAGUUCAACUAUGUUGGCAAGCUGCUUGGCCCCAAGGGCAACUCGCUGCGCCGGCUGCAGGAAGAGACGCAGUGUAAAAUUGUUAUUCUGGGGCGAUUCUCAAUGAAGGAUCGCACACGCGAGGAGGAGCUACGCAAUUCUGCGGACGCCAAAUAUGCCCACCUGAAUCUGCCGCUCCACGUCGAAGUGUCCACCAUAGCGCCACCAGCCGAGGCAUACGCUCGUGUUGCCUAUGCACUGGCCGAGAUCAGGCGGUAUCUUAUACCCGAUAAGCACGAUGAUAUUCGUCAGGAGCAGUACCGGGAGCUCAUGGAGGAUCCGGAAGCUGCCAAAAAGUUGACCCUGCGCCAAUUGCAACAGCAGCAGCAGCAACAACAGCAACAGCAGCAGCAACAACAACAACAACAAUCAACUGCUGCCGGUGGCAGCGGCAACGGCAACAAUCGCUCUGGUGGCAACUACAGACAAAAGUAUCAGCAGCAAUCGCACUAUCAUCACAACGACGAGACUGUCUACUACCGUUCACACAACAAUGCCUAUCACCAGCCAAAGCCCUAUGUGCCAGCUGCCCAGCGGGGCAAUACAAUGCAUACAACCUUGCCGCCGCAGGGAAUUGUGCGUGACUCACCUUGCAUGGUGGUCAGCUCGGCCAGUUUUAAUGGGCGCAACGCUGGCCUGGGCAAUGCUGGCGGCGGGAUAAUGGCAAAUACCAUUGUUGCUGCCGCUGGUGGUGGAAUUGGUGGUGCUGUGCCGCCAAUAAGGCAUUACCGUCCCGCUGCCCCAUAUCAAUUUGUCAAGAAAUAAUAUAGAAGCAAUGCGCCGCUGCCUGCCGCUCGCUGUUUGUUCACCAUUUUGUCAUCAUCUCAUCCAAAUGCAUGCCCCGCCUAGCAAUGUGCAUGUGCAUGUGCAUGCGCCGCCAUUUGAUUGGGCUCUGGUCGGCUGAGGCCUCAGCCGGAUCACGCCACACACUGCUCCAAAGGUAGAUGUAAUAAUUAUAGAGACACACACAACACACAUACAUUAAAUUUUCACACAUUGACUCUAACAAGAUUUUGAGAGUUGAAAACAAGAGGAAAACCUAACCAAAACGAAAUGAAAUGAGUAAUGUACGUUUAAGAAAUUAGCUUAAGUAGACGAAUGCUCCAAAUGAACACACACACACACACAACGACACCUACAUAUAUAUAUAUAUACACACACACACACACACACACACACACACUGACGAACGUUGAUUGGGCUUUCGAUUGAUGACGGGAAACUCGUUAGAUGCCAUUUUUUAAGCUUUCCGUAUUUUCCUUUUUUCUUUUCUUUUUUUUAACUGUGUGUUCUGCUCUGCGAGCGUUUUGUGAAGAACUUUUCGUUGUGGAUCGUAGCUGUUAUCCAAACGGACCCCAAGAUGUCUUGAUUUUUAUUUUUGUUUUGUUUCCUCUUUGUUUUUUUUUUUUUAAUAAUCCUUAUUGACGCAUUUGCUCGUUUAUCAUUUCAUAAUGCAUACGUACAACUUAUUUAAUUAUUUCUUCAAUGCAAACAUUUUUUAACAAGUUCGUUAACGACGAGGAGGCUUUUUAUUUGUUACGUUGCGCAGACAAGUCAAACUUUAAUUGGAACCCGCGUCGGACAUAACAGAAACAUAUUUUACUUUGCGUGUAGCAUAAUAUUAUAUGACUUAUCGCGUACACACAUACAUUAAUACAUAUACCAACUACAUAUAAUCAAGCAUACAAUAAAUAUAAAAAAAAAUAUAAACCAAAAACACAAAAGCAAAAAAAAAAAAAAAAAAGAAAAAUCAAUAAUUAAUAACUGCAAACACGAAUCUAUAUGACUACGAUAAUACGACAACAUUAAAAAGCUUAGCAUUAUCACAUCAUACAAAGAAUACAAGAAAACAACAAGAAAAAGUAUAAAAAUACAUUUCAUGAAAAUGAAGAGAACGCAAACCCACACAUAAUUGUUAUUGUUGUUAAACGCAACUAAAAUUGUAAUAGAAUUAUGCAAAUAUACAUACAAAUAUGGUGACAAUGUUAAAUUGCAGCUUUAGUUAUUAUUUUUGAACGAGACGAAGACGUAGACCGAGACGUACUCUCGAUUUUAGACCGCACGCCAAAAAAUGUACACCUAAGAUACGGCAUCUACACACUUCAAUAUGUUAGUUAUUGGAGUUUAUGUUUUUGUUUAAUGCAUUUCUUAUAAAACAAAAAACACACACACAUACACACACAUAAUUGUACUGUUAUGCAUGUGUUGGUGUGUACGGGGAGCUUAUGAAGCGACAAAACAUUAUUUCUUUUCAUUUAAAUUCACACACACACACACACACACACAUUAUACUUAUUUUACAGUGCAUUAUUAUAUAUUGCUGAUUAUCGUUAAAUAAAUUCACAAUUUGAAUUGAAUAUGUUGAAUAAACUUGAAUCCAAAACAA